CAGACACACACACACACGCUGUCAUAAUAAUUCCAAUUAUAAUAUAAGCCAUUCCAGCAGGAGCUUUUAACCAAAGCAAUUAAGCCUUCAGUAAUCACGCGACAUCAGGCAGUCUUUGGACAGAUUGAUAUUUGUAGGAUUCGGGAGAACCUGAAAUGUUCCUCGACAUGAUGUUGUUCCUGCUUAUUGUCCUGUUGCUGGAGUCUCACGUCGCUGCGGCCAUGGUGCUGGACCCAUGCUCCGCCUACAUCAGCCUUAACGAGCCUUGGCGAAACACGGAGUUUCAUGUCAACAACACAUCGGGCGUGCCCCUGUGUGACAAUCAUGUUUCAGGGGAGUGGUAUCGCUUCACCGGGAUGGCAGGCGAUGCCAUGCCCACCUUCUGCAUCGCCGAGAACCACUGUGGAACGCACGCCCCCAUCUGGCUCAAUGGAAGCCACCCGGAGCCUCAGGAUGGCAUCAUAACCCUGCCCGUGUGUGCCAGCUUCAAUGACAACUGCUGUCAGUGGAACGCCAGUGCUGAUGUGAAGGCCUGCACUGGAGGAUUCUACGUCUACCGUCUACCCAGACCCUCUGUCUGCUUCCAUGUCUACUGCGGACAUUUCUAUGAUAUAUGUGAUGAGGUGGAGUGCAGGGGACCCCAGUGUCCCCAGUCAGACUGUCGCUGUUCUCCUGGGACCACCCUGGGACCUGACAAACAGACAUGUCUUGAUGUGAAUGAAUGUGAGAAGGGGAACGGGGGCUGUGCAGAGGUGUGUGUCAACACCAAGGGGUCCAGGCAGUGUGAGUGUGGACCUGGCCGGGUUCUGGAUGACAAUGGACACACCUGCAAAGAAAUAGCAGGUUGCCACAACAACAACGGAGGCUGCAGCCACAGCUGUGCCGUGAUUCUGGGGUCGUAUCGCUGCCUCUGUCCUCGGGGGCUGGAGCUGGGAGACGACAGGCGGACCUGCCAAGUCCCGGUACAGUGUGGAAGCAGCUCCAUAGAGGUGUCUGUUCCUAAAGACCUGGUGGGGGGUCUGGAGCUCUUCCUGUCCAACUCCUCAUGCCGUGGUGUCUCCAAUGGCACUCACAUCACCCUCCGCUUCAGCCUCAAGACCUGUGGAACCGUUGUGGAGGUGAUAGAUGAUAAGAUUGUGGGCACCAACCUGGUCACAGGUCUACCCAAGUCCAGCCCGGGGCCUGGUUCUGGUAGUAACACAGAUAUGAUCAUCCGCACCUCCAAACUGCUCUUACCAGUUACCUGUGAGUUCCCACGCCAUUAUGAGGUCUCAGAUGGUUACCAGGCCAGUCUCCUUGGCACUGCCCUAGAGAUGGCAGGCCAUGCCAAGGGCCUCUUCCCAUUCUCGCUGGAGCUGUUUAAGAGUGCUGAGUUCUCUGAGCCUUACAGAGACCCCCCACAACUUCACCUACAAGACUCACUGUACUUCGGGGUGGAACCAAGGGAGAAGGUAGAGGGAUUGGCUGCUCUUGUGGAGAGCUGCUUUGCUACUCCCAGCGCCAAGGCAGACCAGGCCCUUAAAUAUUACCUGAUCAAGGAUGGGUGCAUCUCAGAUGACAUGGUGCGUCAGUACUCUUCUAAGGACCAGCUCUCCAAACAUUAUCAGGUUCCCGUCUUCAAGUUCAUUGGCAAAGACAACAGGGAGGUGUACCUGCACUGCCGUGUGCUGGUGUGUGGUGCCGGGGACUCCCGCUGCUCUCAGGGCUGUAGAGCGCGUCUGCGUAGGGAGCUGUGGAGCCCUGAGGAGGACCAGGACCAUCAUGUCCUGAGUGGAGGACCCAUCCACAUCCUGCCUGACUGAACCAUCACACCAUUACACCUUUAGACUGCUGUACCACCCUGUACCACCUUCAGACCACACCACACGUCCUUUAGACCACCACCACACGUCCUUUAGACCACAACGACACAUCCUUCAGUCAACCACCACACAUCCUUGAGUCCAUCACCACACAUCCUUCAGUCCACCACCACACAUCCUUCAGUCCACCACCACACCUCCUUCAGUCCACCACCACACAUCCUUGAGUCCACCACCACACAUCCUUGAGUCCACCAGCACACAUCCUUCAGUCCACCACCACACAUCCUUCAGUCCACCAACACACAUCCUUCAGUCCACCACCACACAUCCUUCAGUCCACCACCACACAUCCUCAGACCACCAGCACACAUCCUUCAGUCCACCACCACACAUCCUUCAGUCCACCACCACACAUCCUUCAGUCCACCACCACUACACAUCCUUCAGUCCACCACCACACAUCCUUGAGUCCACCACCACACAACCCUCUAGAGCAACACCACACAUCCUUCAGUCCACCACCACUACACAUCCUUCAGGACACCACUACACAUCCUUCAGGACACCACUACACAUCCUUCAGGACACCACUACACAUCCUUCAGUCCACCACCACCACACAUCCUUCAGGACACCACUACUCAUCCUUCAGUCCACCACCACACAUCCUUGAGUCCACCACCACACCUCGUUCAGACCACCACCACACAUCCUCAGACCACCACCACACAUCCUUGAGUCCACCACCACACAUCCUUGAGUCCACCACCACACAUCCUUGAGUCCACCACCACACA